CCUUUAAUUAAAGCUGAAAAGGCUUAUUUAAGAAAAAAAGAUUUUAUGACAGCAUAUGUCGGACAUAUGACAAGGUUUUUGUCUAUUCUUGUCAAUUGUUUUAUUGUUUUUUUCAUAGUUGUAUUUAUUUUCUAUUUUUCUCUCCAAUUUUGAAUAAACCCAACAGUUCCGUUUCCGGAUUUAUUUGUCUUUUUAACAUUCCCUUUUUUUUCUGGCGGCACGUUUUGUAUUAUGUGUAUUCGUUAAACGAUUUGUGUUUUUUCGCUAUAGAUCUCUUCCAAAAAAAAGGUAACGAACGACGGUGUUUGAGACCCAGUUGGCUCCUUCCCUCCGGCUACCCCAAACUGUAGAUUUGCGUUGCUUAGGAACGUACCAAACUUCCUGUGCAGCAGAGUCGAAAGCAGCUUAAGAAUAUAUAAGUGUUUUACUUCGUCUGGGGUUUUCUCUUCAUUUUGAACCAAACUGUGUUUAUUAUGUCGAAACCGCCAAAGAAAAAAGAGGCUUCUUCAAACCGAGUGAAUUCAUCUCACGGACAGACACCGCAUAAAGAGGCAUCAUCUAUGAUCACCAGUGCUUCUGAAGGAUUGAAUGAACCAAGAAAAGGAAGGUUUCCUAUCUGGCCUGAAUGGAAUGAAACAGAUAUAAAUGCAGAAAAAUGGGAAGGAACAAAAGGAUCCAAAGAUCGGGAGAAAUCUGGAAAAAGUCCCUGCAUUCAGUAUUUUGAAGACCCAGAAGGGAAAAUCGAGCUGCCUCAGUCAUUGAAGGUUUAUACAUGGAAGCGUCCUUCUGAAUUUAUGUUAAACAAGACUCCUGUUGUUGUAGACAAUGAAUCCUGGUUUGACCUUGUUUCUGCAAAUGAACAUUUAAUCGGUAGUGAGCUUAUAAGAUGGAUUAUCAGUGAAAUCUACACUGUUUGGAAAAUAUGCAAUGGAAAUACACCAUAUCUGGAAAAGCAGGGUUCACCAGAUCCCUCUGUUCUUUCGUGGAAGCCCUGGGAGCAUAUCUUUUCACUCUGUAAGGUUGUGAAAGGCCACAUACCACUGUACAAUGUCUAUGGGAAAUAUGUGGUGAAACUCUUUUGGAUGGGGUGCUGGAGAAAGAUCACAGUAGAUGACACACUGCCUUUUGAUGAGGAGAACAACAUAUUGCUCCCAGCUACAACAUGUCAAACAGAACUGUGGCCAAUGCUAUUGACGAAAGCCAUCAUUAAACUAGCAAACACUGAAGUGCACCUGUGUCAAAAAAGGGAACUUGGGGAGUUCACAGUCCUGCAUGCCCUCACUGGUUGGCUUCCAGAAGUUAUUCCACUUCAGACUGAAUAUUCUGAUCAAAUUUGGGAUUUCCUGAAAGAAACAGUCCCGAAAUUUCUAUUGCCAGAAGAUGACGCUUCUGAAGGCAAACCUCCAUUGACAGACUCACGUGCAGGAAAAGAUUACAAAACAAAUGAGGUUAAGAGUGAAACUCCAACAGCCAGUAAAACUCCAGACAAAAGUAUUAAAGAUGCUGCCAAGAAGAAAGGUAAAGAAGGUGAAAAAGAAAAAAAAUCAUUACAUUCUGCACGCCCUGUAUCAGAACUUCCUCAUGCCGUUUACCAGACUGUGCCAGAAAGUUGUGUAUCACCGCAAGUGCCACAGAUGGUUGUUUGUGCCAGCUACUUACCUUUGCACCUGUCGGAAAAGAAGAUUUCAGUCCUUGGUCAAAUGGCUGAUUCUUCUGAGAGGCUGCGACAGUAUGGCUUAUCACAGUUAUAUAGCCAUCCAGUGUUAAUAACUAGAACAAGGUCUUGCCCUCUUGUUGUUCCACCAAAACCUCCACUGAUCCCUCGAUGGAAACUUAUUCGACAGAAAAAACAAACGCUUCCAACUGAUGAACCUAAAGAACCAGCAGCUGUAAAACCUGAAAAGUUCAUUGAGAUUGCAGGCCCAUUUCUGAACUAUCGACUAAAUUCUGCCCAUAUGUCUUCAGAGCAAGGUGUGCAACAAAUAUCUGUUCGAAAGACCCCAUGUAGCUCAAGUCUGACAUCCUUCACUGAAACUGAAGAAAAUGAUCAGAAGGACAUUGAGGACACUGGGAAUGGAAAGCACAGUAUCAAAUCGUUGGAUGCAAUAGAUACUGCAGAGGUACCAGCUGAUGACAAAAGGGAAGAAGACAGUUCCAUCAACAAUCACAAGACCUCUAAUGCAGCUCAUGUGACAGAACACACCACAGAUUCUAGCCAUGGAAUGCUCAGAUCACAAGAAGAAAUCGUAUCAGAGAAACCUGUCCUUCAGGAAACAUGGAUUGAAUUUGAGGACUUCUUCAAGUGCUUCCAGACAUUAUUGGUUUUUCAUAAACCAAACACAUAUGCAAAUCAAUUCCAGAAGUCUGACUUUAAGUCACCAGAUGAAAAGGGGUCUCAUUUCCUGUUUGUGGACAGCUUGAUACCAACAGAAAUCUUAAUAAGCUUCUCUGCAUUGGUGCACGGGGGAGAGGCUGGAAAUGAAAGCAAGGACAUAUAUGACAAAGAGAAGGACAGUAGCCUUCAACAGUCUGGUUUGAUAAUUGUCGAACCAUUUUCCUGUAAAUGUCUGACAGCUCAGCCACCUGUUCUACAGAUUCGUACCUUUGCUACAAAAGCAAGUUUAUUGAUACUUCCUCCUGGUCGCUAUGUAUUACGCUUCACUGCUAGAUCUCCCCUUGGAUACCACAUCCACCUGUGCAGUACCCUGCCAUUUGUCUUUGGUGAUGAGGAAACUAUCAUGCCAAACCUUGACAAGGAAAGCCUGAGUUUUAUAGAACAAGCUAAAGUUAUCAUGAAGGCUGUUGGAAAAGUGGUAAAUAACUUCUCAGAUGAGCAUAAACUUCCUCUGGCCCUAAAGGAGCUGGAAUUGGCUUACUAUCCUCCAGGGCUCCAUGGCACAGGAAAGGUGAAAACCCACUGCGAGGCUUUCAAUAAUGCUCUGUACCACACAAUUACAAAAGCACUGGGGCAUAGUUUGACACGUGAUGAAAAGUUUGCUAUUCGGGCUUUUACAUAUGAUAUUGCCAUUGGAAGUGGCCUUCAGGAAAACAAGAGUCUAGGUCAUAGGACUGAAGUGCCAGACUCAUGGUACAACAGAGAGCCCACUUAUGAAGAAAUACAAGCAGCCAAAAGGCUACAGGCUGGCUUGAAAGGAAUGUUUGUUCGUGAAAUCAGAAAUGCCAGGAGACCAGGUACAAAGGAGAAUGCGAGUGCCAAAAAACUAUUGCAGGAAAUCUGGUCUGCACUGGAGCCAAAUGCAGAACAGCAUGCUUUAUUUUUAUUAAGGGACAUUUUCACAAGCAGUGAAAAGACAGUGGAGCUCUAUCCAUGCUACAAAGAUGAAUGGACCAGGACUUCAUUUAUCGAUUAUUCUGUAAAUUACCAAGAUCAGCCAAAUAAUUCCUGGUUUGUUGUCUUCAGGGAGGUGUUUUUUGUACCUAAAGAUAUGCUGGUCGUACCCAAGGUGUAUUCUUCCAUCCCUGCCUGUGUUCUUCAUGUGAUUGACAAUGAUACAGGAGAAGAGGUUCCCAAGAUCUUUCAAAAAGUGGUGCCACAUAUUUAUCAAAAGAACCAGAAAGGUUAUACUUUCAUGGCAGAAGCACAUUCUGGAGACUUUCCCCUGGCAGCUGGAAAAUGGAAGUUACGUUUGAUUGGAUCUUAUAACCCACUGCCAGUUCUCAGCAGGGACCCCGCAAAUAGCAGUUUUGCCAUAAAGGAAUUUAAGGAUUAUUAUAUACCUAAUAAAAAACACUUAAUUUGUCGAUUUUUAGUGAAGGUCACAAUGGAUCAUUUUGCCACCCUCCAGCUACAGACAUCCAAACCAGAUGUGUAUGUUAAACUCCAGAUUCUUGACAAUGAAGAAGAAGUAGCAAGCAGUAUUGGGAAAGGUCAUGUUGUGAUUCCUGCUUUCACAUUCUUCUGUAAUAAAAGGCCAAGCUCAUCAUCAAGUAAAUGUACACAGAUUCGAAGUCUGUCAGGAGAAAGCAGAAGAGAAAGGAGCACUUCUGUGAGCAGUCAGAGAAGUGCAAGACUGACAAGUGUACCCCAGAUGCCAGGAGAUGAGGAGACCACCAGCAGAUCAGAGGCAACAAUUGACCAGCAACCUGCAGAACUAAUGAGCCACAAGUACAUUAUUCAAGCUCUGGUGCUUCACAAAAGCUGGACCUUAGAUGACUCCCAGCUAGCCUUUGUGCAGGUGUUAAAAGAAAUGGAGAAAAAUUACAUUAAGGUUUAUGGGGAGAAGCUGGAUGAAUCCAAUAUCCCUGUAAACUCAGAGCUCCAGUCUACUGAAGCACAUAAAUCUGCAGGGUCUACAACACCCAAGUCAUCCAGGAAAGGAAAGGAUAAGCCUGUGGAAAAAUUAGAUAAGGACAAAUCUGGCAAGGAAAAAGAAGGACCUGCAUCAAGACCAGAUUCUCAGGCUCUGGAUGUCAGCAAACCAUCUUGGACUCUUCGAGUUGUAAGUGACAGUAAUGAUGCAGAAACAAUAGACAUCAGGAAGGACACAGAACGUGUGGAUGAAAUCAAGGCAAUGAAACAAGCUUGGGAAACUGCGGAACCUGGGAGGUCUAUCAAGGCCAUGCAAUCCCGCCUGCAGUUUAUUAAUAAACGCUUACUAAAGAAGACUUCAGAAGCCCUUGACAAGGGGGGUGGGGUUCUUAUCACCACCGUGACUGGAGAUGGAGCUGCUCUCUCGCCUUCACCAGAAGACCCAUCAACACCACCAGGUCUAGAUCUUCAUCACCAGGUUCAAGGAGAUUCCUCCCAGCCUACUAUGCCACCUCUCAUAGAUCUGACUCCAUUUAUCAGAAAAUCUAAAGAAGAGUCUGUGCUGAAGGACGACUUCAUCACAUUACAGCAGGAGAGGGAGAAAUCAGAAGAAUUCCGAAGGUUCCGCCUGAUGCGAGACCUGAUAAUGGAGCACAGAGAACAGGAGCAGCUGUCAAGAAAGGAGCUGAAGAAAAGACAGCUAGAGAUGUACGAACAGCUACAGGUGGUACUGGAUGUAAACAGGCAGAAGAUCCUGACAGCACGGGAGUUGUAUCGCAGCAAGCUGCUGGAGUCGGAGCUCAGGAAACAGGAGGAGGAUGCUGCACUGGAGGGAGCUCGUCAGGCUGAGCUGGAGAAAAACUCCCCACCACGUCAGAAGAGCCCCAAGCGGGGAAAGAGUUCCAGCAAGAAGAAGUAAAAUGCUGAGGCUACUACUUCUUAGCUUCCAUAUGUAUUCAUUAAGCCUCAAAGUAUUUUUUCUACUGCUUGUUUUUAGAAAUAACUAUUAAGUGCUGGUUUGGAAUUUUAGGUAAAAUCUGCAGCUGUCUUGAUUUUCUUAGUUGUAUUUUUUUGGUCAUUUUUAAAACGGAAUUUGCUGAGCGUUAUUCAGCAUUCAUAUGCCUUAUAUCCUUAAAAUUUCCUUCUGACUAAUAAGCAGUAUAGAUGCUAUUAAUCUUUUAGAGUAAGUGGUAGUAGACCUCAAAUUUGAAUCAUAUUUAUACAAAUGUGAAUCUCUUAGUCACAUUGUCAGACUGUAAUCAGAAUGGUGACAACAGGAUCAAGCUAGCUCCUCCAAAAAGUCAUUUUCCUUCAUAAACAGUAGAUUUAAGUCAAAUCUAGAUUCCACCAAACAUAUUUCACCAAGUCAAAGUGACAGAGUAUUCAAACACUACAUUGUUAAAUUAAAAGUUUUUUUACAGUAUUUUACUUACAGUAGAUUAAGGUUAAUUGCCAUGAACGACAAAUAAAUUGUCUCCAAUUGAGUAUACACAGUAAAUAGUAAAUAUCCUGCAAAGGAACAUUAUUAAAUUCUAUAUCUGUAUUGAAAACCUUUUCAUGUCAUAUUUCUUGUUUAUGAAGUAUCUUCAAGGAGUAUGCUGUUGCUUCUGCUUUUAUUUCAUUGGCAAAACCUACAGUAUGUAUACAAUUGGUAUUUUUUAUGGAGAUGACAUUUGUUCACAAGUGUGCAUUUUUUUUUCCCAUUUCUUUUAUUCUUGAUCAUAUCAUCUUAAUGUAAAAAAAAAUGGUCCAUAUUAUUUCUUAAAUAAAAGUUCAUAGUUUUUUUAUUUACUAUUUAAAUAUUUUUACCCUAAUGACUCACAAAGCUGUGUCAACACGUGUCAGUAAGCUUGAUAAAAUUAUUAAGCAUAAGAAAUGUCUUACAAACAGCCAAAAAUUGUAAUUUUUCUGAAGGUAAAGGAGCCUUAAAUGUAUAAUUAAUCCAGUUUUCUUACAGAGUCUUGGAUAUAGACUCUGUAAGAAAAUUGUAGGUUAUUUUGUUAAUGCCUCAGAGUUAUAAGCGUAACAUAUGGUUUGUCUACUUUGCUACAUGCAUCAUUAUUUUGUUUAAAGUGGAGACUGCCAUAUUUCUAAUAUUUUUUUAUCUUAGAAAUUGCUAUGCAACAAUUUUUCUCCUUCAAUUUGGUGUUCAUUUAGUGAUUCAGAGAGAUUUUUUCAUGCCAUAUCUAUAAAUAGUCUUGAAGCUGGAUGAAAAGGACCACAGUGCCAUCUUGUGGUAUCAUUCUAUUGCUGAAAAGGUGAAGUAUGACACUAUAUCUGUAUCUAUUCCUGCUGACUUUCUCUUAAGAAAUAAUAAAUGUAAUGCAUUUUUUUCUUUGAUUUGAUGUAUUAAAAGCUAUUACCAAAUUCAGGCUUUUUGGUCAAUUUUGUCCAUGAUAAUGUUAUUAUCUUUCUGUUGUCAGUAAGAUUAACGUGUGUUUCUUUAUCGGGAUGUAUCAUGUGGUGCUUGUAUUAGAUAUGGCAUCUGGAAAUUUG